AUGGCUCCUCAAUUAAAGUCCAAGAAACCUAAGAAGAUGAAGAUGAAGAUAAAGCCGCGGGUUCUUAAAAUCGACGCCAAUGGUGGCUCUGUUCUGAAACCCCCCUUGGCCAGGAGAAUGUCCACUCUGAAGAAAAUGGCCAGCGAACUCUCGAUAUUGUGCGACGUUGCCGUCUGCGUGGUCGCUGUUGGGGCCGACAGCGAAAUCGAGACUUGGCCGGAAAACCAACAAGAUGCGAAAUCAAUUCUUCUCGAACACAAGAAUCUAGGGAAAUUGGGAAAGAAAAUUGAAAAGGGUUCAUUCUCGGUCGGAAAGGGUACUGAUUACAGUUUCUUGGACACCAUGUUAGAGGGUUUGAACGAGAGAAUUGGGGCUGUGAUGAUGAGGGAUGGUGGUACCAAAACUAGAACAACUAGUACCUGCAGUUUCAUGGAAUUCUACGAGAAUAUCAUGGGGACUGGUGUGCUACCAGAUCCACCAGAUCAACAACAAUCAAUGUUGCUUGUUGAUCAAGUUCCUCAUCACCAACAAGAAGAUUAUUGCACCACAAAUUCGGAUGGUUUCUAUUUGGAAGAUCUUCAUAUUGCUGCUGCUGCUCCAACUCUGAGCAACAUUGAUGAUUAUGUGAGUUGGCUAUUGGAUGAUCAUAAUGAUAUUGGUUUGAUGGAAGAUUAUAUCCAAUUUGGUGAUAGUGACUUGGCCCCUCUCCCUCUUGAUUCACAAGAGCAGCAGAUGCCUUUGUUGCAGCCAGCUCAGAUGGAUACUAAUAAUUCUGAUCAUCUUAGUUGGCUGUUGGGUGGUGGUGAUAUUGGUUUGAUGGAAGAUUAUAUCCAAAUUUGUGAUAGCGACUUGGCCACUCCUCUAGACCCACAGCAGCAGCAGCAGCCGCCUUCAUUGCAGCUACCUCAGACUACUUACUAG